GCAGAGGCGGAAGCGCUGUGCAGCAGGGAAUGGGUCCUGUGUAGUUCCAGUCUCUGACACACAGAUAUGGACUGUCCCCGUUAGCCGCGGAGUGUGUGCCCGUGUGUGUGUCUGUGUGUGUGUUCAGGUUGGCCCGGAGGUGUGGACGUUUAUCCCGUCAGUAACGUCGCCGUAGUUUUAAAAUAAUCCGUCGGAAUGGUGAGUUUCUGCUUCUCUUUGCUUUAAAAUUGGCAGGACCUGGCUGCUAAGCUAAUGCUAGCAAGGUGUAUGAUUUCAGGAAGUCUACCUGCGCUACCUCUACCUGGCCUCCGUCAGCAGAGAGGUUAGCACGUAAGCCAACAGGCCGAGUGAUGAGGACAGGUGUUAAAGAGCGCGUGACACUCCAAGGCUACCUUUAAUUAACAAACAAGUGUGUUUAAAUGACAUUCAGGAACUAACGGCUAAUUCAGGUACACAGGUAGCUGUAAUUUAACACCUGCUGCACGAGCCGCCUCCUCGCAGGUAAAAAGGUGAGUUCCAGGUAUUAGUCUGUGUCAUAAAUGGAGGAAAUAGCUACCUGACGGUUAUCCAGGUGUGUUAUUAAUUAAAGGCUAACUCUAAUAGAGCUCUUACUGUCCUGGAUCAUCAAGGUGUGCUCAGGUAUGAGGUUCUCGUGUCACUGUGGAGGUUUAUUAAUCCAAUUACCACAGUGCUGUUUUAACUGUGAGUUUACUGAUGUGUGAAAGAGCACAUGGAGGAUCAAACCUUGAGCAGGGACGCUGAGUGACUGAAGGAAACUGUUAUUAAUCAAUUAACUUAUUUUAUUUAAUAUUUGUUUAUGAUCAUGGCUCGCCUCAUUCUGUCCCUCGGCUUUUCAGACAUACAGAUAUACACACCUGCCUUCUCCUCCUCUCCCUGUUCUCUUCUCUCCUCCUCCUUCUCCUGCUCCUCUGUAUUUUUUCAGUAUUUCUCGUAUUGCACAGCCCCAGCUUUCAUGACCUGCCUCUUGAACAAACAAACCCGGGUAUAUAAAAUGCCAUUGCCCCCCUGAAUAAUAACUCUUAAUGAAGGAGCACCCCUGAAAAUCGGAGUGCAAUCAAAUAAUGGUUCUUACAAUGAGAGCAAAAGCUGAGAUUAAGAAACAAUUAAAAAUAAAUGUGCACUUAUAAAUCAGAGUAAAACCAGAGAACUGAAAUAUUUAAUCAGUUUUAUGAGAGAAGAAGAAACUAAAUACUUAUAAACAUUCAGAUUAGGGCUGGGCGAUAAAACAGCAUCAAUAUAAAACAUGCUCAACAUGCUUUUCGAUAUUCGGGAUCUUGCCAUGUUUUGGUAGACUAUAUGGAUAGCCAAUGAAAAGGGGAGUUGCUCCGGGUCCACUUCACGCUGGACCAAUCAUGUGCUGAAUUAGAACCAAGUAGCAAACAACUGCGUAGUAGCAGGCUGCAGCUACAUGCAACCAUAGCCCUUUUAACAUGUGAGGCCGACAGAAUUGUGUGAAGAAAAAAAAAUGUGUGCUACUCCCAGCAGAAAUGUAGAUCAACAGAUGACGACAUCAUCAACAACACUGGCAUGUAAACAUCAGUGGUGUGGAGGUAUUUUGGUUUUUUUGAGGUCGGACAUGAAGCAGAGUAAUGUGCACUGCAAAUUAUGUUGAGUACAUGUUCUCGCAAAGUCGGGGAAUACCUCAAAUCUUUUUUACCACCUGAAGCAGUGGCAGAGCACACGCAAUGCAAAAGGUGACAAACCCUGAGCGGAGCAAGAAGCCCAUGGCGUCUGUUCAGCAGAAACAGCCGACCAUUCAGUCCGCUUUCUCUAGCGCAGCGCCUUACGACAAAACGUCAGAGACACUGAGACCUGAUAUCGACUGAUAUGAAAAAAAUAUAUCGUGAUAAACUUUUUCCCAUAUCGCCCAGCCCUAAUUCAGAUAUAUGUUUUUUGUAACCAGCAGAGGAGAUUUCACUGCAUUAAUAGUGUCAGAGUCACAUGUUGAGCUGUCACACAUUGCUGGCAUGUUUGCUGUCCACAUACUUUUGUCCAUGUUAAUAAUCUCUGAGUGUGAUGGUUAAACAGCUGCUCAUUAAACUGUGUGAAGUUUUUUUUUUUCUGUGCUGAAUAAAUAAGAGUGGUGUACAUCGCUGCUGAGACAGUAUUUAUAUCCUGCUGCAGUUAAUCAAACAGGAACCAAACCGUCACACACACACACAAACACAAUCACACACACACAGAGCAGCUCUGCAAACACCCAAACGUAAGAAAUAGAUCUGUGUUAGUGUUGUCAUUUGAGUAAAACACAAUACCUUUGAAAUGUUAUUUUAGUAUUUGAUUAUAAAUACACUUUGAAUUUGAUGCCAGCAACACAUUUUAAUAAGGUUGGUACAGGGACACAUUUACUGUUGUGUUUUAUCAGCUCCUCCCAAUGUAACUGGGACUACAGACAGGCCAGUUUAGCAGCAGGACUCUUCUACUACAGAGCCACGCUAACCCCCUGUUGUUAGAAUGUGGUCUGUCAUUGUCUCAAAUUAGAGCAGUGGUUCUCAAGUCCAGUCCUUGAGGCCCACUGUCCUGCAUGUUUUGGAUGUUUCUCUGGCUCCAACACACCUGAUUCAAAUGAUUAGCUCGUUAUUGAGCCAUUACAGAGCUUGAUAACGAGCUGAUCAUUUGAAUCAGGUGUGUUGGAGUUAAAGUUUAGCUGUUGGCUCUUGAAAAGUUGACAUCUUACGGGUGCAGCAUGAGUGUGAACCACACAGCCUGUGUUAUCUUUAAGUUAACAUUGCAACAGCUCCUCAAACAGCAAACAAAGAGCAGCUCAAAGUCAGGUGACGGCAGCUUUGCAGGUCACAGAAGUUUAACACGAUCUAACCAUGACAGUGUGUGAGCAGGACUGUGUGUGGACUGAUAUAAUGAUGCCAGUGUUUACAGCUGAGAACUCUUGAAAAAAAGCAGUCAUAUGAAAUGUUUCAGAGGGUAAAGUGAGUUUGGUGUGUUCAUCCUCCUCUGUACAGUUUAAAAUCAGGAGUAACAGCGAAGGUGUUCAGACUGAGGACUCCAGUUUUAGACGUUGUAGGUUUUUAUUUUGUAUUUUUUUCCAACACUGAAGAUUCUGAUUCACUUUCUGCAACUGAAAGUUUUUGAAAUUAUCUCACGACUUUACAGAAAGGUGAGUAAUGUUUGUGUUGAUGUGUAGUCUGUGUUUUUAAACAUUAGUUCAAAUCCAACAUAGUCUGUUUACUCUGUAAAAGAGGGUGGGAAACUGCCUUAAUGAGGCAAUUGUAGACCAACAGCUUCCUGUGAUCCGUGAGGUGAACUUCCUGUUUGUCUCAUUGAAGUCUGGUGUGUCUGUAGAGAGUGAUGGUAUAGCUGUCUGUGGUUUUAAAUUCUCUCUCUCUUCUCUUCUCUUCUCUUCUCUCUUUUUCUCUCUCUCUCACUCUUCUCUCUCGCUCUCUCUUUUUUCUCUUCUCUCUUUUUCUCUAUUUCUCUCUCUCUCUUCUCUCUCUUUUCUCUCUCUUUUCUCUCUCUUCUCCUCUCGCUCUCUCUUCUCCCUCUCUCGCUUCUCCUCUCGCUUUCUCUUCUCCCUCUCUCUCUUCUCCUCUCGCUUUCUCUUCUCCCUCUCACUCUUCUCUCUCGCUCUCUCUCUUCUCCCUCUCACUCUUCUCUCUGGCUCUCUUCUCUCCCUCUUUCUUUUCUCUCUUCUUUCUUCUCUUCUCUCUCUCUCUCUUCUCUCUCUCUCUCUCUCGCUCUCUCUCUUCUCUUUCUCUCUCUCUCUCUUCUCUCUUUCUCUGCUGAGAUCCUAUCUGAGCCUGUUAGUACGAAGGCCCAGAGGGAAAACUGCACAACAAGUUCAUGAAGGGAAAAAAACCACUUGUGGUAAAUUAAAGAUAUUGCAAACAUAAUUCAUCAAUGUGGAUAUAUUUCAUGAAACACAGUAACAAAAUUAAAAAGAAUUCAACAAUAAAAAGGCCAAAACUAAGAAAACAUUUCAAAUAUACAUAAUGUUUUUAUUAAGACGAAUACAAUUAACUAAAUUCAUGGUACACAGAACUGUUUCAUUAAAUGCAAAUCUAUUGAAGUCAAAAAACCUUUGACACAAAAAUUUUUUUGCCAAGUGCCCAAAAAAUAUUGAAUCACAAAAACACUUUAAAAUGAUCCAAAUUCUUGUUGAAUUUUGUUGUGCUUGUGAGUGAAGCAUUUAAUAUUUUUGCACUUUGUGAAAUAGUUUUGUGUUUUGUAAAAAUGUUAAGCAUUUUCCUAAAUUUUUUGUAUCAUUUAAUAUUUUGUUUUUUAUUGAAAUUGCUUCAUGAUCUUUUUCAUUAUGUGAAAUACUCUUCAUCUCAAGAAAUACUUUAACAUUCAGUAUUAUUAAAAUAUAUUUUUGCAUUUAAUAGAAUUUUUUGUCUUCUCUUAAUAAUUCAAUAUUUUUAUGUCAAGUACUUUUUGUUUUGUGAAAUUAUUUAAGCAUUUUGCAUAUUAUGUAAUAUUUUGUGUUUCGUGAUUUUUUUCUCCCUCCUUGAAAUAUUUUAACAUCAUGUUCCUUUUGAAUCAUAAAAACUGUUCAUGCAUUGGACCCUGUGGGCCACCGUACUGCAGUCAUAGAAACCCUUCAGACUAAAGCGAUCAUAUUAAACCCUCCAUGUUCACAGCUGCUGUUGGUGUGCUGAUCUUCUCUCUGCGAUUCCUUCAGAUGCGUUUCAUGCUGCUGUUCAGCAGACAGGGGAAGCUGCGGCUCCAGAAGUGGUACACGGCGACCGCCGAGCGCGACAAGAAGAAGAUGGUGAGAGAGCUGAUGCAGAUCGUCCUCGCUCGCAAACCAAAGAUGUGCAGCUUCCUGGAGUGGAGGGACCUCAAGAUUGUCUAUAAACGGUAAAAAUACUGAAUCAGAAAGUUUAAAUUGUUUCUGCACAGCCUGAGCUGAGCUGGUUUAUCACAAAUGCCCCGUCACUGAGCCUGUUUGGACCGAGGUCUGCUCACAAAGACACGAAAGGGACGCAAGAUCAUGGGAUCAGCUAUGACCUGAAGAGAAGAUGUCCUAUGCACAAGUGUCUUUGCACUAGUGUGUGUGGGCUCUGGUUCCAGCCUGUCCUGUUCCCAGCUGCACACAGGUGUUCCUUGUAUGCAGGUCUGUCUGACAGUCCCUGUGUGGUCCCUGAUGUACGCUCGUUAAACAUGAAUAUCUUUUUAUAGCUACAGUGUGUUUGCAUUUGACCAAAGUACAUGUUAAUGGACUGCUGCGGUGUUAGAUAAAGAGGGUCACUGUGAUAAAUACUGAGCUAAUCAUUUGCAUAAAACUCUGACAACUGGACCGAACAUCUGAACAUUUAAAGGGAUAGUCAUGUUUAUUCUGAAGUCAGGUUGUCUAUAGUUGGUGUUAGUUAUUGUGUUAACCUGUAGAGGAUUCGGGUCAGCUGAGCCACUUUGUUGAGAAACAGAACAGAAGUUUGACUGUCACUCUCUGCAGACAGGUCAGCUCUGUCACGUCACAAAUAUUAUUGUCCUCAGUGUUGGUGUUGGUUCUGUUUUGUAGUUUCUCUCGGCUUUUCUCAGGGACGAUGGUUUGAUGAGUAGUUUCUUCACUGCAGUCUGUCGGUGUCAGCUUUUGUUUUCUGCUGUCUUUCCUCCUUCCUCAUUUUUUCACACGAGGAAAUGCUUCAAUGCAGAUUAGCAGAUUAACAAGCUGCCAGAGCAUCCUCCGCGUCAGAGCCAUGAAGUCAGUGUCAUUUUCACGGGGCUACAUCAGAAGGCUUCAGAGUGCUGUGGAUGGUGGGCAAGUUCCCAGCAGGGGUCUCUGUGGUUUAGACUUCUCUUUGGUCUGAUUCACUGACCUUUGGCAUUAAAAAUGAUCAUUUUCACAAUCCUGAAUCAUGCGCUCAUUUGAAUAUUUGCAAAACAGUGAGAAACUGAUUUUCUCUCCAAAUACUCAGACCUUCAGAUUCUCAGAUUUCUGUGGAUAUAUAGAUAUAAAAACUUUCAAUCAGAGUAAAAACAGCAGAUUCGGUUUCUUUACUUUGGUUCUUCAACAGAGCAGGAAAAGUUCCUUCAAGAAAGAGAGAGGGGGCGGGGGAGUGCGUGUGAGUGUGUGUGUGUGUGUGUCAGUGAAAGAGAGAGAAAGAGAGAGAGUGUGUGUGGGCGCUGAGCACAGUUAGAUUUCAUGUGGGAGGAAAGGGAGAGACCCAGCUUUCCUCCCUCAUUUAUCUUACUACACACACACACACACAGAGACACACAGCUCAUUAUUGCCAGUAGAAUAAUGCAGAGGUGGACAAGCAUCACAAAGGAGAAUCAGCUUCAGUGUGUGUCUUGUCUUGUGUAGUGUAGUGUAGUGUAGUGUAGUGUAGUGUAGUGUGUGUGUGUGUGUGUGUGUGUGUGUGUGUGUGUGUGUGUGUGUAGGCGGUGAUCACUGAGGGAUUUCCUGCAGAGGAGAUGAACUGGGGGAACUGCAUCGUAAAAGCUGCUCUGCUCUUCAUCUCCAAGCUCCUUUUUAACCUUUCAGAGGAGAUUUUUUUUUUUAUUGAUCUCACAGAUUUGAACAAAACGUCAACUUUCAGUCUGAAAGAGAAUAAUGGAAAAUUAAAGAGUUAUAAUUAAUCAAAUAAGUAGAAGUUUGGAAGCUAAAAGUCGUUGAUUUGAGAACCUCAAACAAGUUACUAUUGAUUUAUUUUCUGGUCAAGUCUGUACUGCUCUGAAAUUCCUGCUUUUGUUUUAUUUUUGUGUACUUUUGCUAUUAAUGGUCUAUAUUAGGGCCUGACUGAUAUGGAUGUUUUGGGGCCGCUGCCGAUACCGAUUAUUAGGGGGGAAAAAAUUCAGAUUACCGAUGAAACAGCCGAUUUUUUACCGAUAAAAUUGGGCGCUUUAAUCGGCUUGCUGAUAAAUCGGUCGGGUCUAUAUUUAGGUAUUAAAAUAUAACUGCAGAUGCCAAGGCAUGAUGACUCCUGAUUGUUUAGUUGUUCCACCUGCACUUAAUAAAUGUGCAAAGGCUUCCUCUUUAUUGUGUAUUAAAGCGUGUGUGUCUUUGUGUGUGUUUUCCUGCAGGUACGCCAGUCUGUACUUCUGCUGUGCGAUUGAGGAGCAGGACAACGAGCUGAUCACUCUGGAGGUGAUCCAUCGUUUCGUGGAGUUGCUGGAUAAAUACUUUGGCAGCGUGAGUCUGACUCUCCGAAUGUUCGCUCUUUCAUUUUGAAUCAGGAGGCUGCUCACCUGUUAUUUAUUCACUUUUACGUUCCUUUGUUUCUCAGGUGUGUGAGCUGGACAUCAUCUUCAACUUUGAGAAGGCCUACUUCAUCUUAGACGAGUUCCUGAUGGGAGGAGAGAUCCAAGACACGUCCAAGAAGAGCGUCCUCAAAGCCAUCGAACAAGCUGACCUGCUGCAGGAGGUAAAUCCAUCAGACACUGAUGAUCCAAAGUUUCUCCCAGAACUGUCAGAACCAAGGACAGUGACUGAGUCUGUUUUUAUUUUGAUCCUGAUCCACGAAUCUUUUUUAAACUCCAUGAAGCUAAAGCUGCAGCUGUCCCCAGAUUGCAAAAGUAGGUCUUGAAAUGGAUAAGAGGAGUUUCAGGUCCUUUGCAGUUCUGAAUCCGCAGCAGGAGGAUUUAGGUCUGAAUUAUCUUAUAUUGAAGAGAUGCAGACAUUUUAAAGUUGUUUGUAUGUCUGUAACUUCGGUUGAAAUGUUGCUAAACUUAGUCAGGACGCUGAUGGAGAGGAGACUUUAAUCUUUGUGAGUCUUUACCAGUCACAUGUAUUCAAAUAAAUAAACAAGCUCUAAAAAAAGACUUUUUUGGCAAACUUGAAAAGGGACAUUUUUAUCACGUCUGAUUUUUAAAGUCUCAUUUUUGUUCUGUUAUAUCUUCAGGGUUUUAUGGUGGGGACAGUUUUUGCUCAGACUUGUUUGUUAUAUUCAAGACCCUUCAGCUGUCUGGGCUCAGCAGUCCUCAGGUCUUGUACUUUUCAAUGAGUCUGGUUUGGUGCAGAAAAAGUCCUCUGGUCAGAACCCCUGAUGUUGGCUGUGGUGACUCAUGCAGGAUGCAGCCACACUAACCUGUGUGUGUGUGUGUGUGUGUGUGUGUGUGUGUGUGUGUGUGUGUCUCCACAGGAGGAUGAGUCCCCCCGCAGUGUGCUGGAGGAGAUGGGUUUGGCGUAGCUCCCAGCAGCAACAGGUUUCUGACAGACUGUGGGCUCUGAGGGGGCGGGGCCAAAGGAGAAAGGGGGCGGGAUCUGAGGAGAAAUAAAGGGGGCGGGGCCAGAUCUGGACUCUGGGGGCUAAAGGGAGAGAGACGCAGUUAAGAACAGAAGAUCCGUAAACUGACAAACCCUUUAGCUCUGAGUGUAUGUGAGUGUGUGUCUCUGUGAGUGUGUGUGUGUCUGAGCAAGAGGGGUUGUGUGUUUUUGAAGGCUGAGUCUGUUGUUGCUCAUCAGACCAUCUGGAGGGGAAUACGGAGGUUUAUGGAGCCUGAAGUGGACUGAGACCUGGUCUGGGCUCUGGGUAAAAACUGUCUGAUGUCACUCUGUAUUUAUUUCAAUAACCUGCGAGCUGAAUCAAGAGACAAACACUGACAUCAUGUCUAUGUGUCUGUGAGACGCCUGGUCCUCCAUGUAGAAAAAGCUCCCCCAUAGUCUCAUUUUAACACUGACUCAGUCUAACUGCAUCUGCUGGGACUACUUUCAGCGGCGGAUGGAUCCACAUCAGACUGUGAUACACACCCGUAUAUUUAGCAUCUAGUUUAAUAAAUGUUUGUUGGGCUUUGAACAAGGUUUUUGAUAAUAAGACAAAUCGAAUAUCCGCAGAUUAUGAACUAAUGUGUUUAUGAGAACCUGUUUCCCGUCAGUCCUGUUGGUUAUAAUGAUUCAUGUUAUCACUGAAUCCAUCUCAGAACAGACUUCAGAUCAGAUCUUUGGUUUUUACAUCCUCUCUCACAAUGUUAAUCAAUUUAGAUUUAUUUUAUUUUACAAGUCCAAACCGAAAAAAGGCAGACCUUGUGUGAAAUGUGGAUCUGAACAGAAUUUCAUGGUUUUUCUUCUUAUUUUAAGUCCAAAUUCAGUUUGUGCGGAAUCAACAUUUCAAAUGAUGAAACAAAGAAAUUAAUUUUGAAACCCUUAUUUUAAGCGUCGUUAGAGGAACAAGCAAACAAGACUGAGUCUAAAAGAACAUUCAGAUAGUCUCUUAGGAGGAAAGAUGGGAAGAGGUUCACCACUCUGUGAGAGACUGCGUGAGCUAAUGGUUUCACAAUAAUCAGAAUCAGAAUCACCUUUAUUGUCAUUGUGCACAGUAUAACGAAAUUUGAGCACCACUCCCUUUGGUGCAAGCAAUGGUAAUAGUAAUAAAUAAAUACUAAAAUGAAAGCUAUUUAAAUCACAAGAUAAGUUAUGAAUAAGUAAGAAAAAGCAAAGUAAAAAGGCAGAUAUAUACACAGAAUAUAUACAAUGAUGGAAUGAUAUGAAACCCGGUAAGUGUCAAAUGUGAAAGAAUGAGUGGAUUUCAUCAUCUACAGUACAUAAUAUCAUUAAAAGAUUCAGAUAAUCUGGACCACAAAUGAGGGUUCAAACUGAACCAUGCAAAGAGGAAACCAGAUAGAAACAGGAUCCAUUUGAAAAUUUUCUAAAUUUGAUAUUUCUUUUGGAAACCAUGACACCAUGCUCCAGAAACUGGUCUCCUGGGUUCCCUUAUAUUAGCUGAUGUAAACAUGUCCCUGUGAAAACUUUAGAAACUUGCUGGCAUCAAAUUUAGAAGGAGCAGAUUUUUCAUUUUCCUCAUUUGAGUUUCAUCUUUAUGCUGUUUUUAAUCAGAUGUAAGAUUAAAUGAUCAGCAGUUAUAGGUCAACGUCUAACUUUUGCAGCUGCAGUUUUAAACUUUGAGGCUCAUUUAACACUGAACUGUGAUGGAAACAGGAUCAUAACCAACAAGACUCUGACUGGAGCAGGAGUUUGUUAUGGAGCUCCUCUGUCCUCAUGCCGCUCCUCUUCUUUUCAUGAUAUUCUCACACUGGUAUAAACUGCACUUGAUGUAUUCCGACUUUCUCUCCAGUUUCCCUGAAGCCUCGGCUACUCUCUUUGAUUUCUUCUUCCACGUUUGAGCGAUGAACUGUGAUGUGGACUGAGAAGAACCAGCCAAAGGUGUUAGGGGUUUUUUCAUCACUUAUUUCUUUACAAGCCCUUCUUAUUUAAGAGGACUGAGGUGAAUCUGUUUUAUGCAAUUCAGCAAGCUGAGAGUCUGAUCCUGCAGAGUAGGAAAACACUGACAGGGAUGUUGAAGGGUGAAGUCCUGCUGGUACCACAUGUUUGACUCCUGAAUGUGCAGCUGAAGCUGAUGUUUGCUCUGAAUUUGAUAAACUGUGAAGUUCAGGUAGUGUGAGCACCGUCGGAGGAAGAGAAAUUGACCUUGUGUAAAUGCUUUUCCUUCUUGCUUUGUAUUUAACCCGUGAACAAAGUGCUUUUCUCAAACAGCAGUGAGUCUGUGGGAGUUCUGAAUGUAUCUGGAGUUUGGUGGGUCAUACCUCAGCUUUAGGGUUUGCUUAGUUCUUCAGCUGUCAGGCAGGUUUCCUCCACGACCGCACUUUUCUGUCUCCACCUGCCUUCACUUACUUUAGAUCAGCAUAUAAUCAGAAAAAAUCACCUAGUCUUCGUUGUUUGCAUGGUGCUGUGCUGCAAAGUUCUGGCAGUGUUGAGGUUCUGCUGUCAUGAGUUUACAUCCAAGGGAACCCGACCAAACCCCAUUUCAAAAAGAAGCAUUUUAAGGGCGUUAGAGUUUUGUUCAAACAAAAGCGUAAAAAAAGGAGGAAGAAGAAACAGAUGAAUAUAAUGUUCCUGUUCCUCUGAGUCGUCUGUGCAGCAGGUUCAUGUCUGUAAAGAGUCGUUCUCUUAUAGGACGACUCUGCAGGACACUAAUGCUGCUGUCAGGAACUUUUGGCGCCCCCUGUAGACAAAGCUGUCUUUGCUGGUCUUGUUCUCUCCGUACUAAAUAGUGUCCUCUGAUUGAAAAAUCUCAUUCUGUUGACUGUAGACAGUUAAAUGUAUAAUUUAUCGUGAAUGUGUGGGCAGAAACAAUAACAACUGGCUGUUUCUUCAGCUGCUUGGCUGACCUCCUCACAAAUAUAUUCAAACAUCACUUUAUCUCAAAGUUCAGCUCACCUUGUUCUACUGAAUCUGACUGUUUUGUUUCUAAAUUUUCAAUUAAAACUGAUUUCUGAAUAAAACAAGCUUGACCCUUAAAGAGUAUUUUCCAGAAUAUUCUCUGGAAAGGGAUCCUCAGAAAUCCGGCUCAGUAAAGUGCUCUUGACAUGGAUUGACAGUUUUUAGAUUCUUCUGACCAGGUAGGAAAGGUUGGACCAAACUCCACUCAGAAAACACACAUUUUACUCCGUGUUUGCUUCUGGUCUUACAGACUGCCCUGACAAAUCCUGAAUUUAGAUGUUUUUAAAUCUGUAUCUUGAUUUUGUUCAUUCUCCACGUUUCAUCAGAAUUAUUUAAAUUUUUUUUCUGCAGCCGGUUUUAAAACCAAACGUGUGUUUGCAGCAGGUUCAGUGGGCUGAAUGUGACCUGCUGCUGGUGUUGCUUGGUUGCACAGAUGGAGAGUUUCUCUGUGAAUAAUAGACCGUGAAAGUGGCGUCCUCAGAUGAUCUCUUACAGAGUCUUUAUCCUGUCGAAGGAGGCAGAGGGUCUCAAACAGCAGAUCCAACUAGAGGCUGAGUCUGCUGGUACAGAAAGGGCUCACUGUGUGAUUUCAGUGUUUUAUAGGUAACUGUACCACAUGCAGGUACUUUGCUCCUCUUAUACAGAAAGCAGAAUGUCCAACCGAGGAGUUGCAGGUGUGUUUGGCUGACUUUUACUUGUUUGGAUGUGUUAUUUCAAUUUCUGCUCUGCCUGAACUUUAACUUUCACCCUCAAAUAAAAGCCUAUCAUGAUUCAUGCUUCAGACAGAUCUAUCAGGCGUUACAGCGGUCAGACUCGGGCUCUUAAGGACAGAUGAAUAUCAGAUUAAUCUGCAGGUAUCAUGAGGAAAGCUGUAGCUUUCAAACCCACCGAGAGUGAAUAUUUAUGUGACUGUGUGCCUCCAAUCUCAGCGCUGAAGCCUCAAUUAUUCACACAGCUGUUACUAGUUGGAACUAAUAUAUUUAAGAAGCUCAUAUUUAUUGUAUUAAGACUAGAGGUAUGCAUCUUUAUGUUGUAAAUCACAGCAGCUCUUCAGCCUUGGUUUUAUUUCUUAACUUGUGUGAAGCAUGAUUAAAUCCCCUGAAAAAGGGGGCGUGGCCUUGGUGAUAAAACAGGAGUUUGGUUAUUUAGAUGUUGAACUGUGUGCAGUCUUCAUUUCAGGACAUCCUCAGACCUCAGAUACAAAAGCAUCAGGUGUCAGGAAAACAUAUGCGGCUGUUUUUCUGCUCCAGAAAAACAGUUAAAAAAUGGUUUCAGAAAUAAAAAAGUUUCAGUAGAAAAAAUUUAUAAAAUAUAUAAAAUAAACAGUUUAAGACAGAAAUAGUUUUAGAUGGGAACUGCUUCCGUUGUAAAAGCUCAUAGCAUUAUAGCCUCAUAGAAGAGGCAGUUUUAUUUUGAAAUUCACCAGGAAACGUCAAAUAUUUUCAAUAUUAGCAAGUUUCAGAAGAAAAAACAUGAAUGUCAAAGAUGAGACCAUUAAACUCUAGGCCUGUUACACUUUCUAACCCUGAGAUACACUGAUGAUGUUUCUUGUUUUUCUUUACAAUAAAAUGGAAUAAAUAAAUUGAGUUUUUUUUCUUUGGCCAUUUCUUCUGGUCUGAUUCAUGAUAGAAGGUACUGAAGACCAAAAGCUUUUUCUGAUCCCUGACUGUGAGACCUGAGGAGGUCCUGAAAUGAAACUGUAACCAUCUGAACUCCUAGUUUAGUGGAUGAAAAAUCAGAAGCUGAGAGUUUGUUUGGGUACGAUGAAAACUGGAGGCGGUGACAGGGUCAGUACUAGUCCUGAUCCUGAAGUCUCCUUGUGGUCUUUGUUUGGUACUGAAGCUCUUUGGCUCCCUAAGGGUUAUCUCUCUGACCUCUAGAUCCUUCAAAUACUCAAUCUAACUUUCUUCUCUUCUUAAACUUCAUGACUUACUCUGUAUGAUAACGGUUUUGUUCUGCAGUUAAUGAUUAUUAUGAUUUCAGAAUUUUUUUGCAUUUAAAGGAAAUUGAGAAGAACAUGUAGGUGUGUCUGCAAAGCUGUAAAUGGGCCCUCUGUCUAUGAGAGCCGAGACUGUGUAACCUUCUGCAGCCUACGGCUAAAGGGACUCAGUGUGUGAAUGUAAUUUUAUAAAGAAAUAAAGCAUUUGAAGCUAAACUGA